AGACAAUGUUGUAAAAUAUGGAAAAAUUUGCAAGAAAAUUGAAAAUCAUCUGACAGGAAAAAAGUUCGUUCAUUCCUUCAACAUUCACAAGACGAUACGGUUCCUGAAAAAAAAACUUCAUACUUUUUUUUUAGACAGACAUGGAUCACUCGGUGAAUUCAAACACGGUUCAUAAACACCUUAUGGAAAUAAACGAGGAACGCCGCAAUCCUGUGGGUGUCGCGGCAGUGCCUAUGCUGGCGUGUUCAGUUAUUAAGGAAGAGCCUUCCUCGUUGUACCAGGAAAAUAAAACUGGCCGCGGCCCUCCUGGCUACUCUCAGCCGAUUUGUGGUCCUGGUUCUUCAACCUUCCGCCAGGCUGAUCCUGAUGCUCCCACCUAUCAUCAGAUUAUUUCGGGAUAUUCGGGCUUCCAGGGGCAGAAUCGUUUUUCUGUCCCCCCACCUCCAACCUACCCGAAUUCUGGUUCUUCUCAGCCCAUAGGAUCACACAUGGGAACCAGCGCACUGGCGACUGAAGUGAACAAUGUGGGGCAGCCGGCGCCACCCGUCCAGCCAAGCAAUAGGACUAACUUGAUUAUUAACUACUUGCCGCAGGACAUGACGGAGAUGGAGCUGGCCGAUAUUUUUUCGAAAUUCGGCCACCUCCGCCGCCACAAGAUUAUCCGGGACCUGAGCACUGGAUUCAGCUUUGGGUAUGGUUUCGUAGAUUUUAUGGAUUCACGUCAGGCUCAGGUGGCCCAGAUUAUCUUGGAUGGGCGUCAGUUGCGCGGCAAGCGCCUCAAGGUUUCCUAUGCUCGUCCCCGUAGUGAGGACAUUAAGAACUCCAACCUUUAUGUGUCGCACUUGCCGGCGACCACGAAUGAAUCUCAAAUCCGUGAACUAUUUGGCCCUCAUGGCCAGAUUUUGGAUAUCAACAUUCUAAUUAACAAGGCCACAGGGCUGCCAAAGGGCGUGGCCUUUGUUCGUUUCUGCUCUCGCACUUCGGCCGAGAAGGCGCAGAAAACCUUGGAUGGAAUCGUUCCGAGGGGGGGCUCCAGACCUAUUGAAGUGAAGUUUGUCAAUCGCCAAAUCAAGCCGCCAUUUUCAAACGGCAAUGCUUCUAACCGAAUGAAAGUGGAGAAGAAGGGUCAGUCACAGUGUCAGACUCUACCUAAUGCUGUGCAAAGUCAUGGACAAGAUCAUGGACAAGAUCAUGGACAAGAUCAUGGACAAGAUCAUGGAAAAGAUCAUGGAAAAGAUCAUGGAAAAGAUCAUGGAAAAUAUCAUGGAAAAGAUCACGGACAAGAUCAUGGAGAAGGUCAUGGACAAGGUGGAGUAGAUGGACAAGGUGGAGUAGGUAGAAAAAGUGGACAAGUCGGACAAGCUGGACAGCCUAGUGUCUCACAAUGGCCAUACGUCAACUUAUCGCUUCCGCAGCAAAUCCAGAACUCGAACCAGACCCAGGGCGGCUCAUCGCCGCAGCCCUUCAAGCGUCGCAUUGCUGCACCGUCUAUUCAGAAUCCAAAUCAACCCAAACGUCCACGUGGUUUCGUCUGGGAGUAAUCGAAUCCAACUCCCAUUUGGCAAUGCAUUUUUUAAUUUUUUGUACUGAAGCGACUGAAAUUUUCACCUUAUACUAUUUCAUGAUAACUAUUGUAUGGAAUGAACUCUUUGCUAUAUUUAUUAUAUAUUCAGGAAUUAGGACAUACAUCUACUUCGAAAUCCUGUCGCUCGAUUCGAUGGACAAAUACAUAGAUUAAUAAUUCUAA